AUGUCCGACUGAAUUCCGUCAGGUGAGGGUGGAGGAGAGCGGCUCGUCUCUCAGGGCUCGCUUCUCUGCUCUGCUGUUCCUGUACCAGGGGGACUACCGGGACGUCUUCCUGCACUGCAGACUCAGCCUGUGUGACCAGAGGAGCUCCUCCUGCACUCCAAUGUGCACCAAAAGGAAAUACCGCUCUGUCACCCCCUCUGUCCCCCUCGAACCCCUCACCAUCGGACCAAUCACCUGGUCCCAAAAUGAAGAUUGAACUUGUCAUGCUUCCUGUAUCCUAAACAAUGAAUCCAGUUAUCUAAAUGAUUAAUGUAAAGUUCAUAAACCUAUCUCACCUAUACCUCAUUUAUGUCCUAAACCAGGCCAUUUCAUAUUUAAUAUCUUACAUACAUCCAGUUAUAAAUAAUGAUCUUUUAAGGAUAUUUUAAUAUUUUUCUUACGACUAGGAUAAUUGGGGAAAACAUUUCUAUUUGAACCAACACAAAUUCAUUGUUGAACCUUUAACUAAGGCUUGAGGCCAGAAAGUGUAUGUGCUGAUCACUAAUGUUUGUAACGUGAAAAUACAUGGACAUCUAGUUGGGAUUAUAUCAACACAAACAUCUCCCUUUUCUAGUUUAAACUGCAGCUAUAAUAUCAUUUCAUCCUAUUGCUCUAAAAUGCUUUGUAUGUUCAGUAAUUUAAUAGUGUUAAUAAAAUAUAAAUGAUAAAUAUAUGUAUUAAUGUAUGAAUAAUGUACUGGGCAUGUAGUGUACUAUUGCUAUAGCUUAGUUCUUUCUCUGUGGGAUCAGUCAAGACAAUGAUGAACCAGUAGGUGUCAGUAUUACCACAGAAACACUGGUAGAAGUCUGCAUCGUCACAACACAACAACAGCAGACUUACAAAUACUGUUUUAUUAAUUAAAUAAUUAACGGGCAAGUCCA